AAAAAUAAGCUUCGCCAUGUUAUUUUGUCUAGAUAUCAGAUUAGAGAUGUUUAUUUGUGAUCAUUGAAGUUGACAUUUGCAACGAAAAGUUACGUACUAGUGUUUCAACAAUGAGUGUGCAUUGAAUAAUAUUAUUUAGUAUCUUAUCUAUAAAUUAUUAAUUGUUGAUUGAAUCGCAGUGACUUCGUUUCAUUCUGUGAUUUUUGGGAAUUUAUUCACAUGGGGUUUCAAGAGCGUAGUUUCGACAGCUUUUUGGUACCCGUUGUUAGGAUACGACAUGGCACAUAAGAAAAGAGCCUUUCCAUCUACCUCAUCACUCAUCCGAGUGACACAGUAAAUAUAAUAUAUUUACUAUUCUGAUGACUAUAUAAUUGACGUCUGGUUAAUUAUGCAGAAAUUUGACUAAAUGACUUCGACUACUGAAAAUAAAACUGCGAAGAAAGGUUGUACUGCUGAACUCUCGUUCACCAUGGCAGUCUUUUCGUGGCAUAAAGAAUUAGUUCCUCUGUGCAAGUGGCUCACAUUAUGCUUCAUUCUCGCCAUAUGCUUGUUACAUUCGACGAGUGGCAGUGCGAUAGUGGUGACGACUCGCUGUGAGUUCUACAACUACACGCAGUGUGGCGAAACUGGCAACCCUGACAGCUGCAACGGCACCGAGGAGUGUCCCUCGUCCGAGCCCGACAAGCGCAGUCAGUGCUACGUCGUCUGGCAGAACAACAGCCACGGAAAACCAUACAUCUACAUGAAAGGAUGCUUUCUGAACAACAUGGAGUGCUACAAUCAGCCGAAGUGCGUGCACAAGAGAGGAGAAUCAAAGCACAACUUCUUGUUCUGCUGCUGCGAAGGUGACAUGUGCAACAAAGACUUCACUUUCGCACCCGUGCCAAGUCAAGCACCAACGCAACACUCUAAAACGCCAAUGGAUCACAAAAAUGAUCAGCUGAUGAACACUCUUCUGUACUCGUUGAUACCGGUCAUAGCAUUGAUGGUUGCUAUUGCAAUAUUCUACUGGGUUUAUCGCCAACGAAAGAUUGCUUAUUUCCAUGAGGUACCGACUAUGGAUCCUCACCAGCUGUCAGUACCUUCGCCAUUGCUGGGCCUGCGACCAAUUCAGCUGAUUGAGAUAAAGGCAAGAGGCCGUUUUGGUUCGGUGUGGAAGGCCCAGUACAAGUCGGAUACGGUUGCCGUUAAAAUUUUUCCAAUUCAGGAUAAGCAGUCUUGGCUGGCCGAACAGGAGAUCUUCAAGCUGCCGCACAUGGACCACGAGAACAUUCUGCGCUACGUGGGAGUGGAGAAGCGAGGCGACAACCUGCAGGCCGAGUUCUGGCUGAUCACCGCCUACCACGAGAAGGGCUCCCUCUGCGACUUCCUCAAGGCCAACGUCCUAACCUGGGCCGAACUCUGUCAUGUCGCCGAGACUAUGGCUAGGGGCCUGAUGCACCUGCACGAAGAGCUGCCGGCGAACAAGGCUGACGGCUACAAGCCAGCGAUCGCGCACCGCGACUUCAAGUCGAAGAAUGUGCUGCUGAAGGCCGACCUGUCCGCCUGCAUCGCCGACUUUGGCCUGGCACUCGUCUUUCAGCCCGGCAAGCCCUGCGGCGACACUCACGGACAGGUUGGAACUCGGAGAUAUAUGGCUCCUGAAGUGCUGGAAGGAGCAAUCAAUUUCUCGAGAGAUGCUUUCCUGCGUAUCGACGUCUAUGCCUGUGGUCUCGUUCUCUGGGAGUUGGCAUCCAGGUGCACAGCCCAGGAAGGGCCGAUAUCAGAAUAUCAACUCCCUUUUGAAGAGGAGGUUGGCCAGCACCCUAUACUGGAGGACAUGCAGGAGGCAGUAGUGCACAAGAAGCUGCGGCCUGCUAUCAAAGAGACCUGGAAAAGACAUUCGGGUCUGACGGCGCUGGCGGACACGAUGGAGGAGUGCUGGGACCAUGACGCGGAGGCGCGGCUGUCCGCCUCCUGUGUGAUGGAGCGCAUCGCCUGGCAGUCGCGACUGCUGCUCCCGCACAUGCAUCCGCUACUGCUCAACGAAUCGCCCAUAUAGAGACGGCUUUCUGUCGGCAGACAUGAAACUGCACUGGACAUCAGCGGAUGCUAUUCUCUCGAAUAUUCCCUGUUGUAAUAUGAACUUCACUCAAAACAGAUGAAUUUAAAGUUCAAAAGUUUGUGCCAAAAAUUUGCAGAAGACAUUUUGUUCAACUUCUACUGCUUGGAGUAAUACUGCAUCAAUUAUUAGUUGGCGGAACUGUGUGAGUUGAAAAACAUUACUACUCUGUCGGAUACUAUUGCUAAUCAGUGUUGGAACUUUAUGUGUUGAAACAGUUGAUAAUUCUGGUUAGUAGGGGAGAUUUGAAAAAUACUUUUGUGUAAAUUGUGGUUAGUAUAUGUGUAAAAUAUUAGUUCUAAAUAUUUGUACAAAGUUUGAUUAGACUGUAAAUGGUGGUUGGUAAUUAUUUUGACACUGGCAGGAUAACAGAAAAGAUGGUUUAUUUUAACGAUCGUUGAAACAGGGUUCGUACCUCGAUUUAUCAUUUAAUAUUUUUAUUGUAGGUAUGUUUACUGGUUAAGUGUAGACACUUGUUAACAUAAUAUGUUGGACAAGUUCUCUCUAGAUACUAGUUUAGAUAUUGUUUGAUUUGAAAAUGUUGAUUGUUGAUGUGUCAAAAUGAUUGCAUUAGUGUGAUAAUAGUAUGCGGCGGCGUAUAAAUGAAAUGACUGAAUGAUUGAUGAUGAUUAAUGUGAAUGAGCUAUAGAAUUAGUUUUAUCAACGACUAGUGUAUAUUUUAUAACUGUAUAAUAUUUAGAAUGUUUUGCACGAGUUUUAAAUGUUGUGUGUAUCAACUACCUGUAAUUGUUGGCUAUUGUCGUAUAAAUAAUUAUUGUAGAUACUACUAUAAUUUCAGGCUCAUAUUUUGUGUUCUGUGUUCAACACUUGACAUCGGUUCCUUACAAAUUGAAAAUACCUCACUCAUAUCUAAUAACUAAUACGAAUACGUGCUCUUUGUCUAAUAUUACCUAUGAACAAUUGUAAGCAUAUAUUUAUAGAUCCUUUUAAUUUUCUCUAUGCGUAUUUGGUUUCUAUCCCGUUUCCGUAUUCCGUAUUUAAUUUCUACGAGAUGGAAACCAGUUAUUCGUAUUGGAAUCGCCGGUCAUGAUACAUUCCCUUUUUGCAACGAUACGCAUUCGUCCAUUCAAGAAAAAUAGUAACAUACUUCUUUCUCAGUUAUUAAUUUCAUGUUUGUCAUAUUAUAAUUUAUUAGUAUUUAUUCGUAAUGUAGUCGAUUCUUGAUAUUUUUUCAUUAAACUAUUGUAACUAUCCAUUUAAGAGAAGAAUAGUGCAAGGUCUUGUUGAUUCUAGUACCGUAACUUUUUAGAAUGUUAUUUUUUGUAACUCACAGCUUUAAAUCGAUUUAUAAAGUAUAUUUUUAUUUUAUUAGUUCAUCGUUAGAUUCCUAUAGAAACGUUUGUGUUGAUGUCUGUUCCUGUCUUAUGAUAUUAUUGUCUGUUCAAAUCAUUAGUUGUUGAAAAGUGGAGUACACUAUAAAUACAAAUAUGACAGAAAUGUGGAAUUGAGUUGGAAAGUUUUUUUUUCAGUGCUCAUAAUACACUACUGUUACUUAUUGCUUAUUGUAUAGCUACAGUUAUAUCAGAAAGCCUUGCUUGAUUUUAUGACCGAUCGUCAUCCCGUCCUAUAAUUCCCCGUCCUUUUAACUCUAUUGCAACAGUGAUUAUCCAUCGUAUUCCAUAUUAAAUUCUAAUUUUAAUGUAUCGAGUCAAAUACACCGAUCUACUACAUGUUGUCAAGUUUGCAAACAUUUAUGAAAAUUAUAAUUUAAAUUUUUAAUUUCCAUGAUUUGUAUAGUUUUUUUACUGCACUAGCAACUGCUUUUUUCAAGAUAGGUCUUAAAGUACAACCUAUUUUUUAAGUAUACCAUUUACUAUUUACUUGAUACAAGUAUUUCACUAGAAACGGAACUUGAUAAAUUUUGCCAGGUUGUCAACCAGAAGAGAACCAUACACCACUAGAAAUGUUACAACUACAGUAUAUUCAAUUAAUCUCUGACCAUAUAAAAUUGAAUUGCUUAACUCUAAUAUCUCUGAUUUUAGAAUUGUAAUUGUCUAUUAACCAUUGUAUUACUUUGUUAUUCUCAUAAAGUCAAUUGAAAUAGUUGACCAAUUGAAUUUAAUGCAUCACUAGUACCUCAACUUCUUGAGAUGAAUUCCUAUAAAAAAUCUCCAUAAACAAUUAUGUGGGGUCUUCUCCAGAUGGAGAUUCUUGUGAGGAUUAAUGGUCAUAUAAAAAUUUAUGGGAGCCAAUGUGACCAUAUCAUUGGGCCAAAUAACAUGCGGCUCAGGCCAAGGGUGAUGCCCACAGUUUUAUUUUUAUUUUGAUAGAAUAAUGUCAAUUCGGUCAAAAAUGUUAGUAAGCAAAAAUGUUACCUAUCGCUAUAAAGUUUUUGAUUCAAUAUUACAUAGGGCGGCAACCAAUUUGACCAAAUCGUGCAUCAAACGACGCUUUGCGUUGUACGGGGUCCGACUAGUUUAUUUUUGAAAUAAAUUAUACUAUCAAAUGAUGAUCAACAAACUGAACUUUCAAACCACUCACAAAAACGUUUAUCUGUCGCUAUCAACGUCUUGUUUUAUAAAUCUUUUGUAUAAAUUAGUUGAAUAAUAUUGGUAUUUAAUUCUCCUAGCUUCAAAUUUAAUAUCUAAUCUAAAUUAAUUAUUUUUAGUAAACAAUUCAAAUGUAGCUGUAGGUAUAGGUUUAUUCUCUAGCUCUAGUAGAAUAAUUUAAACAUUAUUUAGUUGAGUGAUUGAAAUUAUUUUCCUUUUCUUUAAACUAUUCUUGUUAAAAAUGAUAUCCCUUAUUUUUCCGGCUAUAGAAUCAUAGGAAUAUUAGUUGAAAUUGGAGAUAUUAUUCAAUUUUUGUCGGUUUGAUUGUUGCUAAGUAGUUUGACAUUUAUACUCAGAAAAAGAAAUAUUGCAAAACAUCAUUUAGGUUUUAACUUUUGCUCAAUCUCAGACGAUUAUGCUUCGAUCAGAAUCCUUUUAAAAAUCAAAAUGAAAAGUUACUAAAAUGAAGAAAUUGAUCUAUUCAAUUACCACGAUUCAUUCUAUGUAUAUUCUAUCACGGGGUUAUUAAUAAAUCUCAAGUAUAGUAAUAUUAUUGUAUUCAUAAAAUAUUUCAACAAUCAGUAAUUUCCAAUGCAAUUCAAAGAUUCGGCUUUAUCAUUUAAUUAUGCUCUCCAUAUAGAACCAUCGCUCUUUGUAUUUUAUUUUACUAAAACUAUGUGAUAAAUUCUUGUACCAACUACUAGCUUUUCAAAGUUUAAAACCAUCAUAGGAAAUAUUUUGAAAACCUUUUUUACCUACCUUAUUUCAUGCCUAUUUCCUAUACCAGUUACAUAUUUUGUAAAAUGCCUCACUCCAACGGUUGUGAUUUUAAGAACUAAUUUUAUUGAUUUUUGUCUAGUUGCUUUUAUAACGUUGUUCGAUUAAAUAUUGUUAAUUUACAAACUCCAAUCACUUAUGAAAUUUGGUAAGAUCUAAAAUUUAAACCAGCUAGUUGCUUUUCUCUUUCUGACUUCAGUCUUCACUUAUCAUUCCAUCUUAUUGUUUCACUAUUUGGCUCCCCUGUACCAUGUUCCCACAUAAAUG